AUGGCAACUGAAAACAAGCCUAAGACUAGAGCCAGUGCCCCUAACAACAACAAGAAGAGAAAGCAACGCUACCUCCCUCACAACAAACCAGUGAAGAAGAAGGGUUCCUAUCCAUUGCACCCAGGAGUUCAAGGCUUCUUUAUCACUUGUGAUGGGGGUAGGGAGCGCCAAGCCUCGAGGGAGGCUAUUAACGUUAUUGAUUCUUUUUAUGAAGAGCUAGUUUUUGGGAAGGAUACUAGUGUGAAGCUUGCAGAGUUGCCUAAUAAACCUACAAAUAAAAAGAUCAAGUUCUCAUAUUCUGAUGAUGAAGGAGACGAUGAGGAUGAGGAUGAUGAAGAUGGCGAAGAGGAUGGGGAAGAUGAGAACAAAUCAGAUUCCCCUGAAGGCAAUGAUUCCAAGAAUGAAAAUCCAACAAAUGAAAAGUUAGGAUCUCCUAGUGUGGUGAAUGAAAACAGUGAAAAUCAAGCAGAAGAAAAUACUAGUCGAGAAGAGGGUUGUAAAAAUGAUGAAAAACAAGCAAAUGAAGCAGAGGAACCACCACCAAAGAAGAAAUGCACAGAAACAUGUUCCCCCAAGUCUGUUGUCCAAGAAAAAGUGGAGGAGAAAUCCAUUGAUAAGCUUAUUGAGGAUGAACUCAAAGAACUUGGAGAUAAGAACAAGAGGCGCUUUCUCAGCCUCGAUUCUGGCUGUAAUGGUGUUGCCUUUGUUCAAAUGCGCAAGAUAGAUGGAGACCCUUGUCCCAAAGAUAUUGUCCAACAUAUCAUGACAUCUACUGCAGCAACAAGGAAACACAUGUCCAGGUUCAUCUUAAGAGUGUUACCAAUUGAAGUUGCAUGCUAUCCUUCAGAAGAGGAAAUUUCAAGAGCGAUUGCACCAGUUGUUGAAAAAUAUUUUCCCGUGGAUACUCAGGACCCACAGAAGUGGAGACUUGAUUCAGAAUCUAAAUCAAGCCAAGAGGUAGCAUCAUGUGAACCUGAAACUGAUAUUAGAAAGUGGAUGCCAGUCUGUUUCUCCGCCCAUGAUCCUAGCAGACUUGCCAUUGGUAAUCCUGCAAAUUUGUCAAUAGUAAGAGCUGCUUUCUGCACUGAAAUCCAACGAGUCGUCACAUUUAGUUCUGAAGUUGCUGUUGAGUUUGCAGUAAUGUAUGAAGCCCGUGCAAAUUCUGGCAUUGACAGGAUGAAAAUUAUAAAUUCAGUGGCAAAAGCUGUUCCUGGACCUCAUAAAGUUGAUCUUGGCAAUCCCGACAAGACAAUUGUAGUUGAAAUUGUCAAGACUGUGUGCUUGAUCGGGGUUGUUGAAAAGUACAAGGAGUUGUCCAAGUACAACUUGAGGCAGCUCACAUCAUCGACACAGUAG